GAUAAUGUGUAGGAGCUCUCAAAUGUUUAAUGUAAAAAGGUAAAUUGUUCUAGUGCGGUUACGCUUCCGCAUCAGAAGACAAGUGCAGAGUGAGACCUCCUUUUUUCCUACGGCUGCUGGGAGGAAAGCGGGAGCGUCUGUCGGUGACGCGCGCACCGUUUUUUUUGAGGUCAUCAAAACGUGCGUGUCACCGGAGGAAUCGAUCCUUUGCCGGCUCCGUCAAGGCUGCUCCGGAUUUGUCUGACACGAAGCCAACUUUAUUUUAUAAGCGCUGUCUCAAUGUCAUUGCACGUGCGUAUCGCCAGGGCACUUUUAAAGCAGUAUCACGUGCAGCAAUGGUUUUGUUCUGCGAAAGGAAUUGCAAAUAUGUAAAUCAUCCCUGACCGCUCGUAUCUACAUAUGUUUAAUUUGAAAACAAAUAAUUAAUCAGAACUGACUUUAACGGCUGCUGUGCCAACUGUCACGUGAGGCUGUGUUUCAAGCGUGACUUAACACACCUUCCACUGUAAUCUCGUAAUGUUGAGAAAUGCAUGUGAUUACCUUGGCUAUCAAACUAAACAUACGUUGUUUCACAGUUGAAAUGGGCUAAAUGAAUGAAAAGGACCGUUACAAACGCCGACACACUACUGACAACAGACAACUGACAACACGGACUUGAAUGAAUGAAAAAGGCGACGAAGGAGGAGACAAGUAUGAAGCCUUCCCUCGUUUCCUCGUUCCCUAAAGGACCCGGGCGUAGUGUUCUCCCUCACCCCUCACGUUUUUACUUCCAGACCAUUCCACCCCGCCUUCUUUGUAAAAAAAAAUACAGCGGAGGGGGGAGGAGGGUGAGAAAAAAAUGAAGUCAAUUAUACAACUCCCCGGCUCUUCGCGGCUCCCUCCUCUCGCCUACUACUACAACCGGCGGCUCCACAUGCGCCGCAGCGCUCCGUAGCCUUCUCCGGGCUCACCGGCUCCAGUCCAGGCAUGUCGGCCGGUGGCUCAGACGGGACGGCGGCCGGGACGUCAGAUCAGACAACAAGAAACUGAAAAGAUUGACAGAAGUGAUGUUGCAAAUCCCGCUGCGGAGGAGGAAGGGCUGAGCCAGACGGGCUCCUCGUUGCCAGCUGUCGAGCUGCCAAGGAAACGAAAAGGAGAUGUGGAGAAGAGGUCAGACACCCAUGUGCAGCAAAUCACUGACUUUCAAAAGGACGAUGACCUCAGCAGGUCUGAAGAAGAGGAUCAGCAAGUCAAAAUGAAAUGCUUCAGGGAGCCUCACCGUCAGAUUGAAAAGCGACGGAGAGAUAAGAUGAACAACCUCAUCGACGAGCUGGCCGUGAUGAUCCCCGCUUGUCAACCCAUGGCUCGGAAACUCGACAAGCUCACAGUCCUGCGAAAGGCGGUGCAGCACCUGAAAGCUCUCAAAGUUGGGGCAAGCAGCGUUUUCACAGACACAGCCUACAAGCCUUCCAUCCUGCCUCACGAGGACCUCAGGCACCUUCUGUUGAAGGCUGCAGAUGGUUUUCUGUUAGUUGUCAGUUGUGACCGGGCAAAAAUCCUGUUCAUUUCCGAGUCUGUCUCCAAGAUCCUCAACUUUAGCCAGAUGGAGCUGACUGGCCAGAGCUUGUUUGACUUCAUUCACCCCAAAGACAUCAACAAAGUGAAGGAGCAGCUUUCAUCUUCGGAGCUGACCCCUCGUCAGCGCGUCAUCGAUGCUGCAAGUGGAGUUCAGCUCCAGCCAGAUGUUCCCGCAAAGCCGUCCCACCUGUCCACUGGAGCCCGGAGGUCGUUCUUUUGUCGCAUGAAACACAGUGCAACUGGCCGGGAGGUGGCAGGCAAGCACGAGGACAAGCUCUCUUUGCCCAGUACUUCCAAAAAGAAGGACACAUACAGGUACUGCACCCUUUACUGCACCGGUUACAUGAGGACUUGGCCGGGCAGCCAGCUGGACUCCGAGGGUGACGUGGAGAAGGAGACCUCAAGCCUGACCUGCCUGGUGACCGUCUGCCGCCUCAACCCCCAUGCGUCCAGCAGGGCCCCCAAAGACGUCCACGUCAAGCCCACCGAGUUCGUCACUCGCUAUGCAAUCGACGUAGAAGCUGUGCGUCUUGAUGACAUCACGUGGAAAUCGCUUCUCAUUUUUUUGGAAAAGCUACAAGCGUCAUCGGUUAUCUGCCACAGGAGGUUCUUGGCACGUCAUGUUAUGAGUAUUUUCACCAGGACGACUUACAGCACCUUGCUGAGAAUCACAGUUCUCCGAAGCAGAGAGAAGAUUGAGACGCAGUGCUACAGGUUCAAAACCAAGCAUGGCUCCCACGUCUCGCUCCAAAGCCAGUGGUUCAGCUUCACAAAUCCGUGGACCAAAGAAGUCGAGUUCAUCGUGUCUUUAAACAGGGUUGUCUCCAGGGGGCCUGGUCACACAAAGGAUGACCAGGAGGCAGGCAGCUCAAAAGCACUUCAAGACGACACAAAGCAAAUACCCAUAAUUCCCGGCCUCUCCAGUGGAGUAGGUAAAAUGAUCUAUGCAGGCAGCAUAGGCACCCAGAUCGCACAUGAGCUCAUCGACUCUUACAGGGUAAACUCCUCUCCGUCAAGUGAAGCUUCCAGUCCGUUUGGCCCGACCCUGGAGAAGCUGGUUUCCCCACAAACCAGCCGGAGUGCGUCCAGUAAAGAGGAUUCAGCAGGCAGCUCCUCACACUCCCAGUCUGAGCCGGCGACAGCAGCAGCAGCAGCAGGAGGAAGUGCAGCUUCUGAAAGCACAGGCGAGUCAUCCCAGCUGGACUUGGACAGCAUGGUGCCCGGCCUGAGCAGCUUCAGCACGGACGAGGCGGCGAUGGCAGUGAUUAUGAGCUUGCUGGAGACAGACGUGAACAUGGGUCAGUCAGGGGACUUUGAGGACUUGCACUGGCCUUUCUAGAGGCCCUGUCUAGCUGUUUGCUGGGAAGUCAUUCUGUGAUGGAGCAAUCUGGCCUCGCACAGUUGAGCCCACUAGUCUUCGACUAACGGGGGCCACACACUUGAAGAAGCAAGCGAGGACUGUGACCACAGUAAGACGAAAUGUCCUGGCAGCCUGCGGUGGCGUCUUCCUCACGGACACUUCAACAUCCUCAAAGACCCCACAACAGUGUGAGUGACCAAUGUCUGCACAACUAACGACUGUUGCCAAUUGCUGCUAAAGAAACUUCUUUGACCUUUGACAUAUGCUGAUGCUGUGGUUCAGCGAGUUGGAAAGUGUUUUUCCUAACGUAGUCAGACUUUUAAGGAUCCCCUGUGAACACACUUCAAGUCAGGUAAAAAUUCUGCUGACUUGUAUUUGCCUGAUAAUGUAUUUACUACUAGUACAUUCAGCCGGACGGAGUGAAGCUAAGAGUCACACAAGCUUUAACUAAGGUGUGCAGCACUCCAAACACCAGUUAAUCAAUUCUACCAUGCAGACACGAACACUAUAGAAUUACCAAGAAAACGUGUCAUACGAAGAAGCUCUCUGGACCGGUUCUGAUCAAGCAUAUACUUGAAUAUGGAUCUCUGUUUACAAGUGUUGGCCCCAGGAUGCUGUUGCUCAAAUUUCUAUUAACCAAACUAGCAGUGCCCUUCUGUGUGUCUGUAUGUGUGUGUGUGUGUGUGUGUGUGUGUGUGUGUGUGUGUGUGUGUGUGUGUGUGUGUGUGUGUGUGUCAUAUUGAAUGUGCACUCAAGGACUGAACCGUACGAUGCCUAUACUAUGUGUUCACAUAUCGCUUAUGCUGUACUGCAGUCAGUUCUGUGAAGGUUAACCUAGUGUACACUGAACGCCUGGGAUAAUAUGGAAAGUCCACCAACCCGAGGGCAGCCAGGGUUGCCAACGUAUUUUAGCAGGAAAUAUUUAAAUGCUGUUGCUCUUUCAUUUGCGCCUAUUUUCAACUGCACCUAAACUGUACUUAAGCCGCUCACCACUGCACAGGAAGUUACCCUGAGUAUUGUCACUGUAACCAUUCAGUCUUACUGCAGUUUACCUGAUUUCUGAAUGUCCACUGUCACGACAACCUUUUGGAAAUGAAAAUGUCCGCCUUGAAGCAUCUAUACGUUGUUUUAAACAUUACAUGGCUGCAUCGAAACACAGAAACGAAAUGUUUAACACCGUUAUUAGCCAGAAGAAGAAUGCAAUACAGUUCUUGAACAAACUGUCUUAAAAGUCAGCUGGUUAACACAAAUCAUCUGUGGUUCUGAGUUCAUAGAGGCUGGCUGUCACAUUUUAUCACUGAGUGACCCUUGAAGGUUCCAGCAUAAAAUUGUGUCCUGACAGAUUUUAGUUUUUUAAACUCAGUGACUGGCAUCCGUUCAUGUAACCUCUGCUUUUUGCCACUGGUUCCUCCGAUCUUUGAAAGCGCAAUGUUAUUCCGUUGCCUCGUGUAAUUGUAAAUCAACUGUUAUGUGCUCACUAUUUUUUUUUCAGUGGUCAAAGUAUUGAACUCAUACCCAGCCACCACAGGAGCAACCUUUUGACAUUUGUAUGUGCAAAUACCUGCCGAUGAUAUGGACUGAUUGAGGUUGCGCCUUCGGGCACUAAAACAGAUUUCACAAGUGG